GCGGUAAGCGGUUAACUUUCAUUACGCAGAGCUUAUGAGGACAUGUCAACGAGAUGCGGUCUGAGUGUAGGCAAAUUAUUUUUUCUUCUGUGUUUAUAACUUCUGCCAAUUUGCCUGAAGACAAGAUAUACUCCGGGUGUCUGCUUUUAUGUGGACUGUCAGACUGAAAGCGAUAAUAAUUCGUAACUUUACUGUAUUUAUGACUCUGGAAGUGUGAAGCAGGUAGUGACCCAUUUAAUAUGGUAAACAGUGCAUGCAAUACACAAGCAGCUCAUGUCAGAAUGGGGGCUCUGGCGUGGAAGCGGUGUGUUGGAUGUGGAUGCAAGAUUUCGGACCGCUUCCUCCUGUUUGCUUUGGAUGGGUACUGGCACUGCCACUGUCUCAAGUGCUCCUGCUGCCAAGCCCAGCUGGCUGAAAUUGGCUCAUCGUGUUUCACAAAGCGUGGCUUGAUCCUCUGCAAAAGUGACUAUUUAAGAUUAUUUGGCCACAGUGGUGCCUGCAGGGCCUGCGGUACCUCCAUCCCAGCAAAUGAAAUGGUAAUGCGUGCACAAGGCAAUGUUUUCCAUGUCAAGUGUUUUGUAUGCUCCAUCUGCCAUAACCAGCUUGUACCUGGUGACCGCUUUCACUACGCAAAUGGAAAACUGUACUGUGAGCGGGACAAAUCUGCAGCUUCUGAACACUCGGAUUCACUCAGGGAGCAUGACAUAUCCCAACAAAAAUCCUGAGAUGCUCAUUUUUUUUGAGAUACUAUUGGAGCACCUAUCUUCGUAUUCAAGACCUUAUUUAACCCAGCAGUUGCUUUGUCAGCUACAGAGCAUUAUGUGAAGGUCUGAUAUCAUUGAAAUCCGACAUAUAUGGUAAUAUCUGGCGGUUUAAAUGAGGUUAACCAUUGGAGCUGAAAAGCAAUAUCAGCGAGCAUCCUUGCGUAUCAUAAUCAAUUAUGAAUCUGUUUUGCACAGACUGACCUUAUGUUGUGGACCUGCAGUUUAUGCGUGGUGUCUGUUAGUUUUAAAAUUGUGUACUUUUACUUUCAGGCAGCAAAAACACACACAUGUAUGUGUGACAUGUUUUGGUAAUCUUCUUGGUCUGCAAUUACAGUAUAACUGCAGUUAACCAGAGUUUCCAGAGAGCUAUUUGUAUCCUUUAAAAGCAGCACAUCAGAUGAUAUUUUUGUUGUUGUAUUUAUUUCAUUAAAGAUAACAGGGUUUUAAGGUUGCUCUAAAUAUUUGAAGCGUGUUGUGUAUGAAGAAUUGUUUGCUUUAUUAUCUUUUAAAAAGGCAUUAGAAAGAUAUUUUACUGAAAUAAACUUUUCAGUCAUGCGUUGUCAU